AGAACCGUCCCACUCCACCGCAGGUUACAUCCCUCAGCUCGACCGACAGAAACGAAGCAGAAAGUCCUCGACAGCAGAUUCUCGAAAUCUCUUUCAGCCCGCCUCAAUAGCUGGCGACGAGCACCACGGUAACCGCAAAUAUGGCCACGAACGGCGACUACCCGUCCGACGACGAGACGCCGCCGCAUUCGCCAAACCUCCAGGCGCAACAACCAGACGACGAGGUGGAGGAGAGGCAAAAGGGCCCAGCAGCGGCACCUCGAUCAGCGCUGAAGAAGACCAACGCCGCCGCAGCUGCAGCAGCAGCACGUCCUACCCUCCCAGAACAGCCGGAACCUUCGACAUUAGAUGUGACCACCUUGUCUCCCCUCUCGCCCGAAAUCAUCGCCCGACAAGCGACCAUCAACAUUGGUACCAUCGGUCACGUAGCUCACGGCAAGAGUACCGUUGUCAAAGCUAUUUCAGGUGUGCAGACUGUGCGCUUCAAGAACGAGUUGGAACGGAACAUUACCAUCAAGCUCGGAUAUGCCAAUGCAAAAAUCUACAAGUGUGACAGUGAGGAGUGCCCACGCCCGACAUGCUAUCGGAGUUACAAGAGCGAGAAGGAGGUGGAUCCGCCAUGUGAGCGUGCAGGCUGUGAGGGCACAUACCGACUUCUUCGUCACGUUUCCUUCGUCGAUUGCCCCGGUCACGACAUUCUCAUGAGCACUAUGCUUUCAGGAGCUGCGGUCAUGGACGCGGCCCUUCUCCUAAUAGCAGGAAACGAAUCUUGCCCGCAACCGCAGACAUCCGAGCAUCUGGCUGCUAUUGAAAUCAUGAAGCUCCAGCACAUCAUCAUUCUCCAGAACAAGGUCGAUCUCAUGCGCGAAGAGGCCGCCGCACAGCACUACGAGUCGAUCAAGAAAUUCAUCCGCGGAACAGUUGCCGACGACUCGCCCAUCAUUCCAAUCUCCGCCCAGCUCAAGUUCAACAUUGACGCCAUUAACGAGAUGCUCGUCACCAAGAUCCCAGUACCCAUUCGCAACUUCCAAGACGACCCUCACCUCAUUGUCAUCCGAUCCUUUGAUGUCAACAAGCCCGGUUCAGAGAUUGAUGAGCUUCAAGGAGGUGUGGCGGGUGGCUCCAUCCUCACUGGUAUCCUGAAACUUGGCGACGAAAUUGAAAUCCGACCCGGUAUCGUGUCAAAAGACGAGCAGGGUAAGAUCCAGUGCAAGCCCAUCUACUCCCGCGUCAUUUCCCUCUUCGCCGAGAACAACAGCCUCAAGUUCGCCGUUCCCGGUGGUCUCAUCGGUGUGGGGACUCGCAUCGAUCCUACCCUCUGCCGUGCCGAUCGUCUGGUCGGUUUCGUGCUCGGCUUGAAGGGCAAGCUUCCCAAGAUCUACACGGAAUUGGAGGUCAACUACUUCCUCCUGCGAAGACUGUUGGGCGUGAAGACUGCAGACGGAAAGCAAGCAAAGGUCGCGAAGCUCACGAAGAACGAAGUGUUGAUGGUCAACAUUGGAUCGACCGCUACCGGAGCCAAGGUGUUGGCGGUGAAGGCUGAUGUGGCCAAGCUUCAGCUUACCAGCCCCGCCUGCACGGCGAAUGGAGAGAAGGUCGCUCUGAGCCGCAGAAUCGAGAAGCACUGGAGAUUGAUUGGAUGGGCGACGAUCUUGCAGGGAGAGACGCUCGACCCACAGUCGAGCUAG